CUCAACCUAAAUUAUGUAUUUUAUAAAUUGUAAUUUCAGAAUCAAUGGUGUAGCUUGAACACAUAGGCGAGUUAAACUGCUUCAGGUCUGGUUGUGUUAACGACAAGUGUACAAGAUCGGGUUGUAUUACAACUAGUGUAUACAAGUGUACAAGAUCGGGUUGUAUUAUAACUAGUGUAUACAAGAAUACAAAGAUGCCAGGGAAGGAAGGGGAGCCACCAACUCCACAGCAGCUUACAGAUCUUAGAAAAAAAGCGCUACAAAAAAUUGAAGACGUUGGAAAAGCGAGCUUUUUAUCUGCCGAUAUCGCGAAGAUUAGUGAGAGUGAUCAUUAUUUAACGAGGUUCUGGUUGCAUGUGUUCGAUCUACCUGGAGAACAGGAGGAUGAAGCUGCUCACAUGAUUUUAGAAACCUUGAAAUGGCGGAAUGAUUUUGGAGUAGACAAGAUCAGUCGGGAUAAUGUGAACCAGGCGUUCUUUGAUAAAGGAACAGUCUUCACUCAUAACAGGGAUAAAGACGGGAAGAAACUUCUAACCUUUACGGUUGGGCGACAUAUCAAGGGUGCUGAGAAGAUGGAUGAGAUGAAACGGUUCUUUGUUUACUACCUAGAGCGCCUAGAACGAGAAGAGCAGGGGGACCUGAUCACGAUAGUAUUCGACUGUAGAAAUGCUGGACUCAAGAAUAUGGAUAUGGAAUUUAUUCAGUUUAUAAUAGGUGUUUUCAAGGAUUACUAUCCAGAGAUGUUGAAUUACAUUCUUGUAUUUGAGAUGCCCUGGGUUCUUAACGCGGCAUGGAAGAUAAUCAAGGCCUGGUUACCAGCGGCAGCUGUCAAGAAAAUAAAGUUUCUAACGAAAUCCAAUAUGGGAGAGUACAUAACUGAUGAUAACAGAUUAGAGGCUUGGGGUGGUUCCGACCCCUGGGAGUACUGUUUUGAGGAGGAAUCCGUUGCGAACGUUGUGAACAAUCAUUCAAAGACAAAUGGAACUGGUUCCUAUAUUGAAGUUAUUGAUGAUUCUCUGAGAAUGAGUCAAGAAGAUGCAUUAAAGAAGAAAUCAGUAACAUUUGCUGAGGUUCGCGGAAGUCCUAGUUUGGACAGUAUGUCAAGCUUUUCAUCUUCUGGUAACAGUGGUCCAGAGAUACUCAGUCUUAAUCCUAGUCAGGAGGUUGUAUUUUCCGCCUCCGCUGGCGGUGAGCUUAUGGCGAGAUUUCAGGUGUCUAACAUCUGUGAAAGAAGAGUUGGUUAUAAGAUUAAAACCACUUCUCCGGAGAAAUACAAAGUUAAACCCUCAUCUGCUAUUCUUCAACCAGGACAAAGUGAAGUAGUUGAACUACGUAUAUCUGGUUCCAAUGCUCCUGUAUCAUUGAUUAGAGACAAGUUCCUCGUUACUGCGAUAUAUAUUGAAGAUACUGAUAAUAAUAAUGCAAGAUUUCAAGAGCUUUUAAAAUCUUCCAAACCGGACGCACAGUACAGACUACGAUGUCAGCUGGCUGGUGAACAGCAACCUCCGACCUCCAUAUCUUCUAAGCUAGCCUCCUCUUCCUCCUCGGCUCCUGAGGAUCCGGGCAAACAGCUUUCCCUCCUCCUUAGAAAGAUAAACCAGAUCGCAGAGAGGAAUGUGGAACUAGAAAAUCAGCAGACAAAUAAUUUUAGAAUUCAAGUUGUACUUCUAGGUCUCACUCUAUUUCUUCUGAUUUUGGUCUGGUUUUACCUACCUUCCUCUAGUACUAUGUGCCCCCCGGUAUCUGAGCCCACAAUCAGCUCCAGUGAUGAACUCUAAACCAUGCAUUUUAUUCAUUUUAUUAUCUUCAACAUUGGUGGAAAUAUAUUUUAUGGAAUUAAAAA